GCCGCCUCCAACAAUUUACGGUCAGGCUAUUGAAGCAAGCUUCUGAAAGUCGUCCUUCUUUGUUAAAAAGGCGAUACCGAAGUAAAUUCACGACUUUCAGAGAUUCCCUGAAAUCAUCUUAAUCAAUUAAUAUAAACUUCUUGACCGUCUUCAUAUUCUGGAACUUCAAAAUGGCGCAAGCAACUGGAACUUACAAUAAUCCCCUGAAGAAGUUCAAAUUGGUCUUCCUUGGGGAGCAAAGCGUUGGCAAGACUUCUCUUAUUACACGUUUCAUGUACGACUCUUUCGACAACAUGUACCAAGCAACGAUUGGUAUAGAUUUCCUCUCUAAAACUAUGUACCUGGAGGACAGAACUGUGCGAUUACAAUUAUGGGAUACUGCUGGACAAGAGAGAUUUCGAAGUUUGAUUCCUUCAUACAUCCGCGAUUCUAGUGUAGCAGUGGUGGUUUAUGAUAUUUCAAAUCGAAAAUCGUUCCAAAACACAAGGAAAUGGGUGGACGACGUCAGAGGAGAACGAGGAAACGAUGUCAUUAUUGUAUUGGUUGGCAACAAGACAGAUUUGAACGACAAAAGAGAAGUAACCACAAGCGAGGGUGAAGAGGAGGCAAAGAAGAACAACUUGAUGUUCAUUGAAACGAGUGCAAAGCUGGGCCACAACGUGAAGACUUUAUUCAGGAGGAUAGCUCAGGCUUUGCCUGGGAUGGAAGGCGCUGAUAAUGCAGCGACGCCGAACCAAAUGAUUGAUGUCAACGUCAACCCAACUCCUGCAAGUCAAGAAGGGUGUGCAUGUUAAACGAGGAACGUAGUAAUGGGAGUAAUCAAAUUCUUUUCGAUGCUUGUCUUAAUUGGGACUUUGAAAGGAUUAGGAGCAUAGCAUUUCACAGCGUAUUUAUAUGAUAUCGAUAGCGUACAUCUUUGGCGUACCUAUUUAAUGAGCUCUUAAAGUUAUUGUAGACUAGAGGUAGAAAGCUAAGUGAUCAGAUUCUGGAAUAAAUGAACACACUUUAUCUCACUG